CUUAUAGAUAAAAAGUUGUUUUCAUUAUCCGGGACUUUUCAAAAUGGAUCCUAAAAUCCAGACCUUGUCCAAAUUGCUCUAUAUAAAACGCUCGUUGUGAGCUUUGUUGAGUGUAGAUCUAAAUAUGGAGGAAGAUUAUUCCGCUAUUGAUCUUCCACCAGGGACAAUGUAUGGACAUAUGCCGCAAACAGAUCCUGGGUUUCAUCAAAAUGGUCAACAUCUAUUCAAUCAACAUGCAGGACAACAUUUUCAACAAAGAGGCCCACCUCCACCACAAAUGCUUUCACAAGGCUUGCCCGAUAUGCUGGGGCCCCAUAUGGGGAUAGAACAUUGCUCUAAUCAAAGGCCUUUGCUUUCACCCCCAGGUGUAGUGUAUAUGAACACUCCUGCUUCCCAUAUGCGAAUGCCUGGUCUUCCCCCUCAUCUGCAAACCAGUCUACACCAACAAGUUCCCAUGUUGCCAUCUCCUCAAAUGAUGCCUCUUUCCCCAGAAAUGAUGCCCCCUCAUUAUCCCCAAGGGUUCCCACAAGUACUCAACAGAGAAACUCCACAAAGAAGUCCAAUGAAUGUCAUUAACGAACUUGAAAAGAACACCAGGAGGAGGAUGGCUGAACUAAGAGAGUCAACUGGGUCAUACAGUCCUCAUGAACAGGUACAACAAGUGAAUGAACAACAGUUGGAGUUGAAUCAGAACAUGGGUUUUCAAAUUCAACAGGAACAUCAGAAUUCUAUUCAAAGAAACAUGCUUGAGUCUGAACACAUGUUAGAUCCCAAUUUCACAAUUCAUGGAAUGCCACACAUGGUUUCUUCCAUGAGAAGACUGUCAGCAGAAGAAAUACAUCGAAAACUUCCUCCGCAGCAAUUUUUGAGGUCAGUGCCCCAGGGUAUGGACAUCAGACCCUAUCCCUUAUCCAGACCACAUCAGUAUCCUCAAAAUCAUGAACUUCGGAAAGCAUUUGAUCCACUUCAUGGUAUCUUGAAUGGCAAUAAUAUCAAUUCAAGGCUUCCAAAGCCCCCUCCAUUAAAACAAGGAAUUCCAGUUUCUUAUCCAAAGGACAGUGCAACGGAGACUCUGAUGAGUAAUAAAGAAUCAGAAUGUCAAGGAAAUCCAUGUCAUGAAUCUUCAGAGAGAAGUUCAACUGGUAUAUGGCCACCACUAUUACUUCCAGAUGUUGUACAAACUCUAUCUGAUACAAACACUCCUCAACCAUCAACUGGCAAACCGGUGGAAGUAUUUCAAAGUGAAAAUUCAGAACAAGUCAACUCACACCAAACCAUUGAGAACUCAGUUGACACAUGUACCUAUUCACAAGUUGAUAAAACACAUAAGAUUGGAAACAAUGUAAUUGAAUUUGAUAGUUCUACUGAAAACCCAACCAAAAUGUAUGCGCCCUCGCCAUCACAUCUGGACACCUCCCCUAAUGCAAUUAAAAAGCACAUACCGGAUAACAAACCCAAGACCACUGUUAGUGACAGUAUAAACAAUGACAUUGAUGGAGUUCAUCACCCCACGGGGACAAAAGAUAACAAUGAGUGUAAUCUCCACAAAGAUCAAACACAAGGAAACCAUGAAUAUGAACAUGAGAGUAGUAAACCUACAGAAAAUGAUGGAGUUUCAAAUGAGCAUGACGACAAUAAUAUUAUUCACAAAACUGAUUCUAAGUCUAUAAAUGGAGAAUCUAAUGCUAAGGAUCCUUCAGUUCCUAGCAAUUUAAAUGAGGCAGAUGAUCUACUGAUGGAUGAAACCCCUGAAGCACAAAACACUGUGGCAGAGUGCAGUGCAAGUGUCAGUAAUGCAACUAUUGAUGAUAUUGGUGAACAAUCAAAUCAGCAACUUGAUUCUGUAGAAAAUGAUGACAAAAUGAGCCAACCUGUGGACAAAUCUGAACAAAAUAAUGAAAAGCAGUCAGAGUCUCCAGUAAGCAUGAAGGAAGAUGAUGUUAAUAAAAACAAUCCUGAUGGGAGUCAAAAAGAAAAUUACAUAUAUUUGAAUAUUAAAGUAGAUGGAAAGCUUGACAAGAGCAAAUACUUUGAAUGUAUUCCUUGUACUUAUAAAACCCCAUCAAAGCAUAAAUAUGACGAGCAUAUGGAGGCACACAUACACAGGAAAUAUGUAUGUAAAUUCUGUGACAAAGUUUUCAUAAAAUCGUCUGAUGUCCAGAGGCACGAGCCACUACAUAGUCAGCACCAUAAGUCACCAAUCAAAAGAUUUCACAAUCAGCAUAGGAAUACAGAAAAUGAAGAUUCUGACAAUGAUGAUCAUCAUGAGAUGCCUAAUAUGGCACUUACCCAGACAUUCAAAAAGAGCGUGCCAGAUAAUGUGCCAAUCAGUGACCCUCAUAUGGAUACAGAUGAUGCUGUUGGUAACAGUGAGGCAGGUGCUGAUAACAGUGAUUCAAUCAUUGAGAAUGAUCAUAAUGGUGACUCAGAAGUUAACAAUGAGAUUGCACUCAUGCGAAAGCAGUAUCUUGACAGUGUAAAGCGUCCAGGAGACCAGGGUGAUGAUGAAAUGGAUAUUGAUGAAGAAAGUAUCAACACAUUGCAUUCCCCACAACGCACUGGAGGUCUUUGGCCUGGUCCUGGUUAUACCUCGACUCCAUCUGAUGGUGGUCCCAGUGAAAAGGGCUUGUCUCCACGACGCAGCAGAAUGGGUUUAAACCAUGAGGACCCCAGCUAUAGACCAUCAUCUGUCAGGAACGUGAAUUCUGAAGCGAUUGAUGGAGUAAGAAGAUCAGGGAGGACAAGAACGUUGACAUCGAGUUCUCUUAUGGACUCUUCAAUCUGGGCCAGCCCUGAUGACCCGUCCCUGGAAAUUAAAGCAGAGCCUCAAUACCCCAACAUGCCAUAUGACAAUUCAUAUAUUGGUGAAUCUCAAGACUAUUAUCCAGGUCCAGAAAAUGAUUGGAUCGGAGGCCCUAGGAAACCACACCAGGGGGCAUGGACUUAUAAUUGUGUUAGGUGUAAAUAUAAAACCAAUCAAAAAGUCAGGUAUGAUAUGCACAUGCAAUCACAUAAUGGCAACUAUAUCUGUCCAGUGUGCGACAAAGCUAUGUUAUAUUUAUCUGAUUUUGUACGGCAUGUUGAUACACAUGAGAAAUAUUACUAUGAAUGUCCUUACUAUAACGAUUGUAAGUAUAACUCAACUAGUUUGAAUUCAUUUGAGAAGCAUUUGAGGACAAUACAUCCGGAUCAUGCGUCUGAAUGCCCAACCUGUGGCUUCAAAUCUAAUAGCACAGUACGAUUCUUUAAACAUUUGGAGACACACAGUUUAACUGCAAAUGAGAUGCUAGGGGUGCUAUGCAAGAGUACAAAUAGAGAAGUCAAACAUGUGCCAUCACUAGAUAUCCCUGAUGGCCCAGCAGUACCUGUUAUAUCAUCACCAGCAUCUGCUGUGUUAACAACAUCUGCAAUAUCAGCACCGACCUCUCCAUUAUUAAUACAAGCCUCUGCAGUGUGUCAGGAUACAGGGCAACUAUCACAUAAUGUGAGUGAUAUCAGUGAUUUCUCUCCAAAGAUUGUGUCAGUAGCUGGGUCAGUGACAUCAGAUUUUUCCUACAUUCAGCCCACCAAUCAUGUACCUAUAAAACAUAUCCCCUUCAGUUCUCCAGAGCAUGGGAAUACUUCGAAGAAGUGCAUGUUUGUAUGUAUGUAUUGUAAACACAUGUUUGUAUCAGAACAGGCUAUUCGUUAUCAUGUCGAGAAAGAACACAAAACAAAGCUUGUGAUGGCCCCAGGUGGUUCAACGGUGCAGUCAUCUAUUGCUAUGAACAAACCAAGGGAUCCCGGUGGCAGAUUUCAAACUAUGAGAAGUAUGUUCGAUGCACAAAAGCCUCCAUCUGAGAAGAGUUACACAUGUGUAAAGCAAGUAAAAACAACAACUGGGCAACUGUUACAGGUAACAGUUGACAAGUUUGGUGUUCCUAAAUCAACUGUUGCAUUCAAGUGCUUAUUAUGCAACAUGAUAUUUGUGGCGAAAGACAAUUUAAAGAUUCACCUUGAAGAGUGCAAAGUGAAACACGGAAUCCAACAUGGAGGCAAGGGAUAUAUAGCAACUGAGGAGUCCCAAAGUUACAGCCCAGAAUCAGCUCUGAAAAUGUCACAAAACAUUCUCUACAAAGAAGUACAAAUAAUACCCAAACUGGUGAAAAAGAAACAAAAACAAGAACAAACAGAUAUCAAUGAUGGAUUAGAACUUACCAAUAAUACUGCAAGACUGGAGACUAUUACCAAGAACAAAUGUAUAAAGACUGGUCAUUUUAAGUGUAAGUAUCAAGGUGAUAAUACGGUUGAGCUAUUUGCCAAUAGAAAUGCAAUAGUGAUGUUGAAAAAUAAACCAGAACCCAAAAAUAAUGUUGUAUACAAGAUCAAUGUGGGUGGGAUGACAAAACUACAGGGACCUGGUAAGGAAAACCCAAAGAAUAGUGUACCUCGUACAGAGAUAAAUCAAGUUGAAAAAACAGAAACUGUGAAAGGGUCUGAUUCUAAUGAUAUUGAAGCAGCAACCACUACUGAUAAUAUAGAUAAAGGUGAAUCAAUAGAAGAUGAGAAUGUAUCACUUGAAAUCCCUAAUCAACACAACAAUGAAGAGAUCAAGAUGGAUGUUUCUGUUGAUAAUCAAAUACCAAAGGACCCAACUGAAAAUGGAGUUAUGUCAAAUCAAUUACCAACCAAAAAUGAAAAUGUCAUUAGUGAAGGGGAGCUUGGUGCAAUCCAGGAAUAUGAGGACUCUAAACAUAAGGAGGCAGACUCUCAAAUUGAUGAAAACACUUCUGAGUCAAAGAAUAAAAAUGAUCGUUUGUUAACCAUGCUAGGACUAAUUCAUAAGAAUAAAACUCAAGAAAAGAAUGACAUCAAUGAAAGCCUUCCUUCUACAUCAAGUUUCACAUCAAUCUCACCAUCAGAAUCAAAUCAGACAACAGGUGACUUAGUUGAUGCUAUGGUGACAUCUGCAGAUGUCAUGGUGACAUCAAGUACAAGUCCAGCUAACUCCACUAAGUUAAAGAUGCUAAGUACAGAGAUCCCUUGCAGAAUGUGUAGCUAUAAGACAAGGUCCCCAGAAUGUUAUGAGGCCCAUGUAUUGGGCCACAAAGCGGUGAAACAUGAACAUUCAGAUGCAAUAUUUCAGUCAUACUCUCUGGUCAACGUUAAUAAUAGGGAAAUGUAUGAAUGUAAAUUGUGUCCCUAUAGGUCAAAACGACUUGACAAAAUCGAACAGCAUUUAUUUUUUCACAAGACAAAACAGUUCAUGUGCAAUAUAUGCGAUAGGGCUUUUAUUAAACGUUGCGACCUUGAGCGACAUAUGGAAGUGGAAAUGAGGAAUCGUAUGAGAGGUCAAGGUUACGUGUUUAAUGGAGCCAGGAAAACUGUGCAAUUGGCCAAACGUAGGGCAAGUGGAUACAAAAGAGGGAAAUACCGAAAACAUAAAUCUACACCAGGGAGUCAGACAAUUAAGAAUGAAUCAUUUACUGGGUAUCAACCAAAUAAUAUCCCAGAUCAUUUGAUGAACAUAUAGAUACAUUUCUUGGAUGUGCUCUUGGAGGCAAAAAGUAGAAUGAUUCAUGCCUUUAAUUUUAUAUAAUAAAAACAUGUCUGUCAUAUUUAUUGUAAUAUUUUUUUUUUAUACAUGUACUGGUAUAUGCAGAUUUUGGUAAAAUUAAAAACUGAUGACGGAUAUAACAAUCACUCUACUAUACCUUGCAUUUGGUGUUCAUGAGCAACCCAUUUGGCUUAUUAGUAAUGAUUAUGUG